CAGGGGUCGAGCCGGGUGGCGUUUAUAAAGAAGCGGCAGCACCGAGCGGGGAAAGAGAGCGAUCCCGCGUACCUGCACACGUCCCGCCGCCUCCUUCUCCCCCCUCACCCACCCUCCCACACACUCAGGGUGGCUUUCCCUCUCCUCGACACCACCCCCGGCCGCCCCUGUCUCUCGGCCGCCCCCUCCUUGUCAUCACUCGCCGCCCCCGGAGAGAGGUCUCCCGGGCGCCUUCAGUUAGAUUUACUCUCAACGAGAUGCCGAGGAAAAGUGAGAGGAUAGAAGAUAAGGCAGCAAAGACUGAAGAAAAUAAAGGGCUACUAUUACGAUCCAGAAAGCGAAAAGCAGAUGUAGCCAUUUGUUUACAGGACUUUGAUGAAGUUACAGAAGCGCAAACAAAGAAAACAUUCGACACACAGGCUUGCUGGAAUACUGAUCCCAACUGUACAAGUCCAUGUAGGCUCAUUCCAACACCCCAAAAACAUCCAGAUGGUGUGGCUACAUUGAAUACUGACAGUUGUGUGCAGUACAGAUUCAAAAAUGUCUUUGUCACACCAACUAGAGCUUCACCAUUACCAAUAUUGGGCUGGGCAAAUCGAGAUGAAGUUUGGAAUAAUCUUGUGAAGAAAGAUCAAACAUAUCUACGAGACAAAGAUGUUUUGCAGAAACAUCCACUCUUGCAACCUAAAAUGAGGGCUAUUCUUCUAGACUGGCUAAUGGAGGUUUGUGAAGUCUAUAAACUACAUCGAGAGACACUUUAUCUUGCUCAGGACUUCUUUGACCGAUUUAUGGCAACACAGCAAAAUGUUGUGAAAACCCGCCUUCAACUUAUUGGCAUUUCAGCUUUGUUUAUCGCUGCAAAACUGGAGGAAAUUUACCCACCAAAGCUGCACCAGUUUGCCUAUGUUACAGAUGGUGCUUGCACAGAAGAUGAAAUCCUUGACACUGAACUUAUUAUUCUAAAGGCUCUGAAAUGGAGUUUGUGUCCCAUAACUAUUGUGUCGUGGCUGAACAUCUACAUGCAAGUUGCAUAUUUGAAAGAAAUGUAUGAAGUGCUGGUACCACAAUAUCCUCAGGAAGUAUUUGUACAAAUAAUGGAGCUUUUGGAUCUCUGUAUCUUGGAUCUCAAGUGUUUAGAGUUUACAUAUGGAUUAAUAGCAGCUUCAGCUUUGUACCACUUUUCGUCAUGUGAAGUGAUCUGCAAAGUCUCAGGUUUUGAAUGGAAUGAAAUAGAAGCAUGUGUGAAAUGGAUGGUUCCAUUUGCUAUGGCCCUAAGAGAAGUGGGAAGUACAAAACUGAAGAAGUUGAAAGACAUAGCAGUGGAAGAUGUACACAAUAUACAGACUCACUCAAACAGCCUGUUCUUACUGGAUAAAGCUCAAGAAAAGCAAGCUUUGUUAUCUGAACUAAGCAGGACUUCUCCUGUGCCUUCUGGUGUUUUAACCCCACCACAAAGCAGUAAAAAACCUAUCCUUGAUGCACGUUUGCAAUAGGAAUGGGAAGACAAAUUGGGUGAAUGUUUUACACCUGGAAGUCGAAUUUUGACUGUAAGCCUUAAUUCAACAAAUGUUGAACUGUAAAUGGACUUUAUUCUUAAUGAUCUACCCUUGGUUGCUGCAGACAAUGACCUGAAAUCUGAUGCUUGCAGCGGUAGUGUCAUUCAAUUCCAGCAGUUUAAAAAAACACAUUACUUGUAUAACUUUGUUUUUAAUAUUGAUUUUUUUAAACUUAAAGUGAAACUUCCCAAGAACACCAACCAAAUGGAAUACUUUCCAAGUAUUCUGAAUGCUGCUAAGGGAGGGUGGCUCUUGGUAUAAUGAAUGGUAAGGUUGCAGAGUACUUGUUUAUGAAAUUGUCACCUAAAUGCUGCUAUGUGUAUUUUAAAUAAAGAUGCUGUCUGAGGACAAAAUA